GGCAAAAUAUUAAAGUUGAAACAUAUUGCCCAAAAAAACCCUUAAUUUCGUCUUCUUUGUAUUUAACCCAAAUUGCUGGUUCUUCACCAUCGCUGCUUCGCCAACAAGAACUGAAAGCUUGAAGAAAGAAUUAUUGGUCUCUCUGCUAUGGCCUGAAAAGCCCUCUAUUUUCACUCUCUCCAUAUGCACACUCUUACAUUUACUGUCUAGUGGCUGUAAAAACGGUGUUUGGGGAAGAUGAUGACUGCUGAGGUUGACCGGGCAUCUACACUUGAACCUCACAAAAGGAAAAUGUCUGAAGCAAAUACUUCAUCUGGCGCAUCAACUACUGGUGCAAAGGUCUCUAUAUUUGCCGCGAAGUCUGGAUUUGUCAUACCAAAGAGAAACCUCUUGAGUUCAUUAGUUCCAAGGUCCAAAGGAGUUAAAAAACCUGAAGGCAGUGAUGCAAAUGAAGAAGGUACCUUCCAGGUAGUGAAAAAAACGAAAUGGGGCGUUGAUAUAACCCAAGAUGCUGCUGUUAGAAAAGGAAGGGCCUUAGCUUAUGAGACUCGAGUGAAUCAAAUUACACAUCAGCUGAAAUCUGGGGAAUCUCAAGACUCGAAAAUUGCUGAUCAGCAUGCAGAUCCCACAUUGUCCAGUUGCACAAUUGACUCCAAUGUGAAGGACUUGGAACUACUGAAACUUGAGUGGCGGGAGAUAAUAGGUGAAAUACUCAAACUGAAUCCGAGCUACAAGCCUCCACCUAAUUAUGAACCUUUACUAAAAGUGGCCACGGUUCCUAUUCCUGUCGAGGACCAUCCUAGGUGCAAUGUUGUUGGUCUGAUAUUUGGGCCUGGAGGUGAGACUCAGAAGCGAUUAGAAAAGGAAACCGGAGCUAAAAUACAAGUACGCGGCACCAAAGCCAAUACGGGAGAGAAGGUUGAAAUUUCUCCAUUUGGUGGGAAUGACCCUCAGGUUGCGUACGAGGAACUGACUGUUCAUGUAUCAGCUGACACAUAUGAGAAAGUUGAUGGAGCAGUUGCCGUAAUUGAACUGUUAGUUACAUCGAUAUCAGAAAAUUUAAUAACUGGGAAUAACAUGAAUAUUCUUAAUCAAAGUCAGGACGCACCCACAGGUGAACAAGGAGUGGGGCCCUCAGUCGGAACUUUGCAACCUCCUCAAAAAGAGCAGAUCCUAUACCCUGGUCUACAAUUCUCUGCAGUUUUGGGUCAACCGCCAGGACACUUGCCUACCUUGGUCCACAUGCAGAAUUCAAUUCAUAGCAACACUCUACCAGUACUCUCAUCACCUUUAAAUCCGACUAACAUGCCUUCAUUACUUCCCGUAUCUGGGUUUAAUUCAGUUCAUCAAAACACAUCCCUUGUUCCUUCCAGGCCCCAGCUACAAAUGCCAAGAAAUUAUUUCAUGCCAAAUUCUCAGCCUUCAUCAUUAUUGCUACAUCCUUUGUCAAACGUUCCACCUGGACCUCGGUUUCCUAUGGGGAGCUCUUCUGGAUGGCCUGCUGCUCCUAUUGGUGUUUCUGGAGGGAAAAUGGCUCCUCCCAUGGUUUCUUUUCAGCCGCGGUUUCCACAACCAGGUUUUCUGUCCUCCGCACCAUCGUCAGAUAUGCUACCAGCUAAUAUCGGUUCUUCUGGUCCAUCUACUGCUAAUGUUCGCAUGAAUCAUCCCAGCGGAGCCUUGAGAUUUCCGUCUCUUCCGCCUCAUCAAAUGGGCUCUUCCUCCAUGCCUACUAUGGGCAUGACUGCUGCAACCCUACCUCAUGCAUCGGUAAAUCCUACACACGGAAGCAUGGCAUCAGUAUCACGACCAACUCGGCUGUCAGGAAUCAUAGGAUCUCUCCAUGGGCAUUCAGGUCCUGGUGAUUUUACUUUUCAACCUCAUCAUCCACCUAACUUAGCUAGUCAAUUAGCUCCCAGGCCACACAAUCAGGCUGCAGCUCAAGAUACUCGAUUUCCUAGACCACCAGCAUUACCACUGUCAACUUUCCGGUUGGCUCCCAGUUCAACUCCUCUACAUGGUAUGCAUUCAUUUCCGAGCACACAGAUAAGCAAUCAGAUGGAUCAAAGACCUCGUGCUCCAUUCACUGGAAGCUUUCUCGCACCAAGAUUUCCAGCAUUUUCAAAUGCAAGUCCAGCUAUCCCACCCGCUCGGAAUUUCAGUCCAACUCCCCAACUGCCAAACUUGGGAGGCUCUUUUCUUCUGAGGCCAGCGAAUCCCCUACAAGGUCAGAAAAAUUAUCCAGCUCCAACAUCACUAGGCAACUUCAUGGCUCCGAAUCAGCAUUCAGGUAAAAUUACAUCUUUCGCAUCUCCUCCUCUAGGGCAGCAAAUUUAUGAUCCAUUCUCGCCUACCUCUGUUCCUGUUAUGCCUCAACAGCAAGGAAAGGUAACAACCCCAGCGACUGAUCCUGACUAAGAAGAGUUGAUGUACAAUAAGUUCUUAAGAUUCUUAAUCAAUGCGUCGCCUCAUUCUCAUCAAACGUUACCUUCGAUUGGAAAUGGUUUGUGCUCAAUGAUUUUCCCAUUAUGUAUUGUUAUAUGCUUAUUUCUUGUUUGGAGCAACUAACUUAAAGGUUUUCAUAGAUUGUUCUCUGAUUCUUUGAAACUUGCCUUGUAAAAUUUUAUCUGUGUACCGCUGAAAUGGGCAUUAGGCACUUCCUUCUCCAUUUUCUUAAUGAUCAAUUUCAAGUUCCAACUCCUUUCA